UUUGUCAAAGAACUAAAACCAAAGUCUGUUUACCAGUAAAAUCAUUCGAUCGCCAUUCUCGACAUUUCCUCUCUCUUUCUCAAGCACUUCUAGAGUUUCUUCUUAUCUCUUUUCUCCGACCAAAACUUCGAUUUCUCUUCUUUCUACUCUCAGAGAGUAACCAUGGAUGCCGUGAUGGCGAGUUUGGUUCGAUCUCCCGUCGUACCACCUAGAACUUCUGACAACGGUUCUGGAUCUAUGUUCCUUACCGCCAGUGGCCCUGGAUUCACGCGUUCUGGUUCUUCAAGACUUCAACUUCGUUUAAGGCAAAACGCGUAUGCUAGAUCCUCAAGAUCAUUGCAAAGCUUAACAACGACUGCUAAAACUCGGAGAAGUUUUUUGGUUAGAGCUUCUUCAGCGUCUAAUGAUGCUUCCUCUGGUUCGUCCCCCAAACCGAUCGCGCCACUUCAGCUUCAAUCGCCUGCUGGUCAGUUUCUGUCUCAGAUUUUGGUGAGCCAUCCUCAUCUUGUGCCUGCAGCUGUUGAACAGCAGCUUGAGCAGCUUCAAACUGAUCGGGACUCUGAUGGACAGAACAAAGAUGCAUCCUCCGUACCUGGAACCGACAUCGUUCUCUACAGGAGGAUUGCGGAGGUGAAGGAAAACGAGAGAAGAAGGACACUGGAAGAGAUUUUGUAUGCAUUGGUGGUUCAAAAGUUCAUGGAAGCUAACGUAUCACUUGUACCAUCAGUAAGCCCAUCUUCAGAUCCGUCUGGUCGGGUUGAUACUUGGCCGACCAAAGUGGAGAAACUUGAGCGGCUUCACUCUCCCGAGAUGUACGAGAUGAUUCACAACCAUCUAGCCCUGAUUCUCGGAAGCAGGAUGGGUGAUUUGAACUCUGUUGCACAGAUAAGCAAGCUCAGAGUUGGGCAAGUUUACGCUGCUUCUGUGAUGUAUGGAUACUUCUUGAAGAGGGUGGACCAAAGGUUUCAGCUUGAGAAGACGAUGAAGAUUCUUCCGGGUGGGUUGGAUGAGAGUAAAACAAGCGUUGAACAACCAGAGGAGAAGACAACAUAUCAGGCGGUAUCCUCUCACCCAGAGGUUGGUGCAUUUGCAGGCGGAGUUAGUGCUAAGGGCUUUGGCAGCGAGAUUAAACCGUCCCGGUUAAGGUCAUACGUGAUGUCAUUUGAUGCGGAGACGCUUCAGAGAUACGCCACUAUAAGAUCAAGAGAAGCAGUUGGAAUCAUCGAGAAGCACACAGAGGCAUUGUUUGGUAAGCCCGAGAUUGUAAUAACACCAGAAGGAACGGUUGAUUCAUCGAAGGACGAACAGAUAAAGAUCAGCUUCGGUGGAAUGAAGAGGCUCGUCUUGGAGGCUGUGACUUUCGGGUCGUUCCUUUGGGAUGUUGAGAGCCAUGUAGAUGCUAGGUACCACUUUGUAUUGAACUAAAAAAUGGUCUGUAAUGCAAUUGACUAACGUAUGUAGCAUUAAGAAGAUACCCAUUAAGGGUAUCAUUACACUUGUAUCAAAAAAUCCGAGUAAAAGAUCGUACAUUUAUAUGUUAUUGUGAUGGAAUAAGCUAUGGCUAAAGAU